ACAAAGGUUGAAGCAAAACAAAGUGCUGUUUCACCAUGUUAUUUCUUGUCAGUGCAUUGAAAAACCCACACAUGUGUACAUAUGCUGCCUUUAAGAAGCAACAGAAAGGCUCUAAACAUGAAACAUUCUUGGCUUGUGAUCUGGGUUGGAACACUGUUUUUGAAUCCAGUGACUGCUGACUGCAACAUUACUUCCCAAACUCAGGUCAUUUGUGACGAGUCUGGAAAGAACCUCUUUAAUAUCCCCACCAACCUUUCUCAAAACGUUACUAAAUUAAGCCUCAAAAACAAUAAAAUCACUUUAAAAGAUAGUGACAAAGAGAUUCUUGGACAUUUUAUUAACCUCACUGAACUUCAUCUGAAUAAAAACAGGAUUACUGAACUGCACAAGAACAGCUUCUGCAAUCUGAAAAAACUCAUAAAUCUGGAUAUCAGCAACAAUCAUAUUAGCACAGUUCAUAAAGCAGCAUUUGCAGGAUUAAAUCAACUGUCUGUGUUGAAUCUAUCCUAUAACAUGAUUGCUCAAUUAGAUUCAAACGCAUUUACUUCUCUAGAAAGCCUGACGGUUUUAAAUCUACAGUGCAACUUACUGAACUACCUUCAUAUAAAAUCAUCUUUUAAAUUGAUUAAAAUUGUUUUAGCUGGAAACCCAUGGAUCUGCUCCUGUGACCUCCUUGACUUACAGAUAUGGCUAACUGCCUCCAAUGUUACAUUGGAAAAUGAAAGCAACACUACAUGUACACUACCAACCAAGGAAGAAAUCUCCAUCAAGAUGGCUAUUCAACCAGCUGACUGCAAAACUGAAAAAACUUCUUUAGAAAACACUGUAACUUCCACUCCUGUCAUUAACCUUAGAAGCAGUGCCUUAAUAACAGCUCUGACUCCAAACAUCACUGGAAACAAUGGAACACAUGCAGAGUUACCACUUCUUGGCAAAAGUUGGACCUUCCUGGCGGGUGUCCUAGCGUUUGUCCUAGGCACUACACUCCUGAUUUUUACUGCUGUAAAAUGCCCAACAUGGUAUCGUUAUGUGAUCAGCUACCGACACCGUCGUCUGGAAGAAAAUGACCCAGAGAGGUUUGAACAGGAGUUCUCAGCUGACAUGAGCCCUUCUCCUUCAGUACUGGGUACAAACAGUGAAGAACCCAUUGUAAUCUUUGAGAAAAUUCAUGCAUUUGGGGAUGGAGAAGAUGGAUUUAUUGAGGAUAAAUACAUUGAUUCUUAUGUAAAUGAGGAGAGUUAAUGUCUUAAACAAUGAAUAAUGCACUGACUUUUAAAAAAACGUAGAACACUUGUACUUCCAUUUUACACAACUCAUGUACAAUACAAAAUGAAGUUAUGCAGU